AUGAUCGGGCUGGACGACAUGGACCACAUGGUCUUUGACGCCCUCGUUGCAGAGCAGGCAGCGCGAACUUCACAGAAGGAGGUGGCCGAAGUGGAUGCGAACAACUUGCUUAACGCCCAGCAUGAGUUCAGCAUUCAGAUUGGGAAUGCAGACGAUUUGUUGCAAAGCAUGGUGGAGUUGAAAGCAGCCAUGGAAGUGAACGAAGCGCUCCUGAAGCACGCAGAACAUCAGCAAGUUGAAUCAACGGAGCAGCAGAACGAGGACGAGAACAAGUUGCUGGAAGAUGCUUUGAUGCCAACGGCGGGUCAGGCUGAUGCGCGCGACGGUGCGCCGCUGGACACACUAGUGUCAGAUGCUCUCCCCUCACUUCCAGCACCGUCGGCGCUUGUAUCGUCUGAGGCUCACUCCACGGAGCUGCAGGUCGAUCAUCAGCUCGAUCAGCAAUGUUUGGGUGAUCCGACCUCACCAGAGACAGCCGCAGGGCCUGAGCAGGCCUCAGCCGAAGGCCCAGCGACGCCGCGCGCUCCACGGCAGCGGAGCACGCGCCUCCGCGCGCCGCCACGGCGGAAGAGGCGGAGCACCCCGCGGAGCGCUCCGCGGAGGAAGAUGCUGAGGUCCAGGUGCCCCUCCCGCCCACGGAGAAAGAAGCGCAGCAAGAAUCGCAGCUGGAGGAGCCCGGGGCUGAUUCUCUGCCACAAGCACAUGCUCAUCCAUUUGCGGAGGUGGCUUCCCACGAGCACGGGCAAGAGCCGCAACCGAGAGAAAAGGAACAAGAGCUGGUUUCCGAAGCUCCUGGUUCUCCAAAGAUUUCGGCCACGCCAGCGGAAGCUGGUGAAGCUGAGCUGGUGCCUGAUGGAAAGCCCAAUCAGCAGCUCUCAGAUGGCCAAGAGGCAGACUUGCAGACACCUUCAUCGCCCAAGAACCAGACUCCGGAGGCGGAGGCUGUGGAGCCUGGUGCGUCGACGCAGCAGGAGGUGGAAAGGGUCGAAAGGAAUCAGCCUCAGCAGGCAGAGCAGCCAGAUCAGCGGAACCAGCCAGAUCAGCAGGACCCGCAGGACCCGCAGGACACGGCGACGUCGUCGUUGCUGCCAAAGACCCCCGGGCAUGAAACCGCUGCACGAGAGGAGGCGCCUCUUCAAGAUGUCCCAAGUACAGAGCACGCGCUGCGAGCAGACCACCAGCACCUCCUGGAGCCUGACCCUGCACUGCCCACAACACCGGCGCAAGCGUCCGCGGAGGUCACUCAUCGAGAUGCGGAGCAGCCGGAGCAGCCGGAGCGGCCAGAGCAGCCGGAGCAGCCAGAGCAAGUUGUGCUGA